AGGUGGCCAGCGCUUUGCCAUACAUGGUUAUCGGGUAAAAAGGAAGCAGAAAGUUUACAGCUCAUGAAACUCUCAGAAUGAAUGGAACAGCGUAUUCCAACUUUGACAAUCAAGAACAUGUCCUGAAAUUGGGAGAGACUUUUGAGAAACACCCUAAAAGUGCCUACCAUACGGUGCGAUAUGACUUCAAACCAGCCUCCAUUGAUACAACAUGUGAAGGGGAUCUUGAAGUGGGCAAAGGAGAGCAAGUCACUAUUACUUUACCUAAUUUAGAGGGUUCAAGUGCUCCAGUAACAGUCUUCAAGGGAUCCAAGAGACCGUACAUGAAAGAAUGCAUCCUCAUUGUGAACCAUGACACAGGAGAGUACAGACUGGAAAAACUCAACAGCAAUAUAGCUGUGAAAAAAACCAGGGCUGAGGGCAGCAGUAAGAUCCAUUCUCGCAUAGAGCAACAAACCAGUCGCCUGAGCCAGCAGAUGAAGAGUAACAAUAGCAGCAGUAGCAAGACCUCAGCCAGCUCCAAGAGUUCUCCCCCCAAAGAGAAGACACCCCCAGCAUCCCCCAUGGACGACAUCGAGAGAGAGUUGAUGGCAGAGGCGCGGGUCAUGGAUCAGCUUAGCAGUGGCGACAGCUCCUCAGAUUCGAACAGCUCCUCAUCCUCUAGCAGUGACGACAGCUCCAGCAGCAGUGACUCAGAAGAUGAACGGACUUCUGCGCCACCCUCGGCCCCAGCCAACCCCAGCAUGCCUAUCAUCAACACCAGCGCCAACACCAACAGCCGCCACCAGGAGGGUGGAGGAGGACUCAUGAACACACUCAAGAAUGACCUCCAGCUGAGCGAAUCAGGCAGUGAAAGUGAUGACUGAACAACAUGAGGAUGUCUGCCUGCUUGUGGACCUCAGGAGGAUUUUCAUCAAGGAGUAAAGAAACAGACCUGUCACUGUCUUGAUCCCAUUAUGUGUGACAGUCUUCUCUACAUAUCUGCAAUUCUGCUAGGAAGCUUCAAAUUUUAUGUCACAUUUCUCGCCUCAUGAUCUUUAUUUUUUUGUGUGAGGACUGUAUGUUAAAGAGAUGCUUUAGCUCAGAGAGACGUCACGUGGCUGGUGUAAGAGAAGCAGUAAAUUAUGACAAAGGUAUCUGUAAUGUUUCAUCUCACCGGAUGCACAUGUGUGGUUAAACUGACCAAGCAUAUCGGAGGCAGAAUGACAGUGGCAUUUAUGUCGUGUAGACGGAUGUUUCUGCCCACCAAUCGGCCAUCUUAAACCACCACAGGAGUUUCUGCAUUUCAGCUUAGCAAUAUUAGGAAGUUUUGUUGUGCCUUAGGUCAGAUGUCGGUUAAUAUCUUUAGUUCAUUUUUCUCAGCUGCGUUGCAUUAUUCUCUGAUUGAAGACAUUAAUCUGUCAUAACAGAAAUUAUUAUUAUUAUUAUUUUUUCUUCAGGAUGAGCCACACUGAUAAUACAGUCUUUUGUAGAGUUAUUGUAAAGUUACAUGGGGAGCCUGUUGCUUUGGAUUACUGAAACCCAGCUGCAGGACAACAAAAACAAUUUUGUAGCUGCAUUAAAUAAAAUACAUUUUUGGGCCAUUUUGCCAGGGAACAAGCUGAAAACAUCGGUGCAUUAUCUCUUCUGAAAUGCUCUGUAGAGCUUAUGGGAAACGUUGGGGUAGUAGUUUCAUAACCACAAGAGACUCAUUUUGCAUUGCACCGAACCAUUUUAUUCAUUGUUACUAUAAAAAUAUUGAUUUUUGCAGCUUUAAGAAUUAAGAUGUCUUCAAAACCUUGCUUAUUGUGAUUUCAUUAUAUAAGUGGGUCCGAUGUCUGGCAAACUAGUCUACUAGUACUCGGUUGACUCAGUUGGGGUCAUGCUUUGUAGCUUUAAACCUGCAAUACUUGAAUCUAAUUAUUUAUAUUUCAAAAUAUACUCGACCAACGGUGAAUUGCUUAAUAUAUUUUAGAUAUAUUUUAAUAGCCAAGCAAGUGGAAGUACAAGUUAGUAUGAACUGUAUUGCAUAACAAGCCAGAUGCUUUGAUACUGCACCUCAGUGUGAGUCUUUACAGAACUUCAUGUGCCUUUUUGUUAUUUGCCUCGGCCAGUAAUAAUGCAGGCCUUCUUGUUUUGUCACAAGCGCCAUGUCACUGCUGAGCUGCCUCAGCGCACAGAAAGCUGCUGUUUUAAGUUCCAGCAUUUCUUUGGCUUCCCAGUUGACUGAUACAGCGAGAGACUGAGAUGAAGAAGUCUUUUGAAUUUGAAAAGUCAGUGUGUUUAGCCUUAAACAGAGUGAUGUCAUCAGAGCAUCAUUUGCAGUCUGAGAGUAAUGUCUUUGUAGAAAAAUAAAGAUUUUAAUAGUU